CAGUACGCCAGGUCAAACAUGGUUUUCAAGAUUUUGUUUCUGGCUCUUGGCCUGUUUUCUGUAAUUUUUGUCGUCAGAUCUCAGAACGACAUCAUAGACGUCUUACGAGACUUCCAGGAGUUUAGGACGCUGAUACAGCUGAUACAGGAGGCCAACCUCACAGACACACUACGGGAAAAAGGUCCCUUUACUGUAUUCGCUCCCGUGGACAAGGCUUUUGCUGAACUACCUGAAGAAGCAUGGAAGUCGUUUAAGGAUGUCAACCUUCUAAGAAAGGUGAUGUCCCUCCAUGUGGUACCGGGGAGUAUCAUGUCGUCAGAACUGAGGAACGAAGUUCUCCUGCGGUCUGCAGAAGGACAGAACAUCCGCAUCAACGUGUAUCAAAACGCCACCGGCGGCAAGGUUUUGACUGCGGACGGUUGUCCAAUCACAAAGACCGACGCAAAGGCCAGCAACGGCGUCAUACACGUGAUGUCAGAGGUCAUGUUUCCGCUUCCGGGGCCAAGCAUCACCGAAACCCUCAGCCACAUGCAAAACCUCUCGUUCUUAUUAACGGCUCUUCAAAAAGCAGAUCUCACAGGGACUUUGUCCGGUGAUGACACGUACACAUUCUUUGCACCAACCAAUGAGGCGUUUGACCAGCUCCCUCCGGCGUAUUUGGAAAUGCUUCUGACUACCAAGAUGGCGCUGUCGGACCUCUUGGAGUUUCACAUGUUUUAUGAUGUAUCCUUCCGCCCUGCGUUCUAUGACGGUCUACAGAUACGUUCCCUACAGGGACCUUUUCUCACAUUCAGCGUCAAAGGACCUCCUGGUCCAACUGCGAAGUACAUGGUGAACAACGCCACGUUCCUGGGACUGCAGCAGCCUGCACGGAACGGAGUCAUCCACGUCAUCGAUCACGUCAUGAUAUCCCCUGAACCUUGACCCGGAAGCUUUUGAUGCGUCAGCAAGGCAAAUACUGAAUAUGAAAAAGUUUAAGGAAUUAUUAUGUUUACCGAAGGAAAACAUGUUGAUUUGCUACGUUUCCCCUUUUUCUCCAAACCAAAAAGGUCAAUGGCCUG